UCCACCUUUCAUAUUUGCGUGUUGUCUACUUUGUAGCUUCCACCACCUGUGUGUGUAACUGCGAUUUUAGCAUAUGUCACAGAAAUCGCUCGAGCUGUCGAAUAUCUCCCAUUAGAACAUAGUUGUGAGUGUUUUGGCACUUUUUUCCGUUGUUCACAAACACACACACACACACACACCAUGUCGGGUCACGGCCACGGCCACGGUCACGGCUGCUGUGAAUGCGAGCACGAGCCUGCUGAGCGAGGAGUGGAAUAUGAGCUGUACAAACGCAUUGAUAUCGAGAAGCUUCAGUGUUUGAACGAGAGCCGAGACGGAGACGGGAAACUGGUCUUCAAGCCUUGGGAUCAACGCACUGACAGGACGAAGUUUGUUGAAAGUGAUGCUGACGAGGAGCUUCUGUUCAAUAUACCGUUUACAGGUAGCGUGAAGCUGAAAGGGAUCAUUAUUGCUGGAGAAGAUGAUGAGUCACACCCAGCUGAAAUGAGACUGUACAAGAACAUACCCCAAAUGUCAUUUGAUGAUACAAGCAGAGAGCCAGAACAAGCCUUUCGCCUAAACAGGGAUCCGCAUGCCGAGCUUGAGUAUCCAACCAAGAUUGCGAGAUUCUCCAAUGUUGAGCACUUAUCUAUCCACAUAUCUCGAAACUUUGGGACAGAAUCCACUCGUGUGUAUUACAUUGGUCUGCGGGGAGAAUACACAGAGGCUCACAGACAUGAGGUAACAAUCUGCAACUACGAAGCAGCAGCCAAUCCAGCAGAUCACAAAGUGAAGAGCAUUACACCCCAGACACAGUUCAUAUCAUGACAAACGGAAGAGAGAGAAUCCCACGCCUGCUGUGUCAAACUAUAAAAGUGUGCAUGAGUUUUGGUAACGGCCAGAGGAUUUAUUUACUAUGGUUUGUUUAUCUGCUAAUUUGCCAAUAAACAUUAAGCUAUAUUUAUAUUACUAAAUGUAUGCUUAUGUCAAAUAAACGCUUCAAAUAACAGAACAGAUGAGCCAUGCAAGAAGUCUGUUCUUUAAAUGUCAAGUGGAAAGUUUAUGCUCUCAGUUUGGUAUUCUAAUGUAGUACUCAUGCAUUUAAUAUUUUUUUGCACUAUUUGGUUCAAAUGUGAGAUUAAAAACCAUUUAGGAAAAUGUGUUCUACUCGGGUCCUCAAAGUGUUUAAUAUUGAUUGAUUCCUGGGGUUUGUUUAAAAGUGAAUUUUUCUGGUUAAUUUCAAUCACUUUUGGCAUUUCAUAAUAUCACAGAAAUGUUACAACAACUUAUGCAUUAUGCUGCUGUUAGUUAAAUACAAAUUCUGUAACACUUUAA